GCCGAGCGGAGAGCACACAAACAGUGCGUAUGUACUUCGUAAAUGCGUGCACAAUGGUCGGUCCCUGGGAUCCAACGGCAGAGGCCUUCAUGGCUUCAACGAAUCCCGCGUUCCGGCGAAACGGUGACGAAGCCCAUUGACCCGUCAGACGCAGUCGGUGCAUGCCUGCAAGGCAUGGGAAAAUCCAUGGAUGAGCUGCAAGAGCGACACGACAUGGGAUCCAUCAGCAAAAAGAUGCAGUGGCAGCCGGGAACCAGCCAUGUCCAUGGCGCGCCAAGAUUUCUCAAGACCCCUGGUCGUUGCCCAGAAUCACGUUCGACGCUUUCCCACCCACAUCCGCCGCGUUCUCACUUCGUACCUGUUGGUACUACCUAAAGUCCUGAACCAACCUAGUGCCUCCCCAGGAUCGUCUGUCUCUCUCCCCCUGGGUGCCAGCCUGAGGGCGGUACCGGUAGUUCGUCAGUUCGUCACCGCCGUUUCGUCGUUUCCCUUGGAGAUAGUUUUAUGCCUAACCCUUUUUUUCACCCCCAUGGCCGGUGUUCUUGGAACCCUUUCUUGGUGGAUUACACCGCACUCUGCCAUGGAAGUUAUACACACUAUUACUGUGUUCACUCCCUCUUGCCCCAGUUACCGCCGUUCUUUAAAUACCCUCCCCAGUCCUCCCAGCCUCUACCCGCACGACUCUACUGCCGUGGUCUUUCGUUCCUUCCAAUAUUACGCUAGUAAUACCUUAACCUUCUUCCAUCCUCCCACUCCGUUGCGUUAGAAGUCUGAGGCUUCCUCCGUGUCUCAGUUCCGCGAGCAACCUGCCAGGCUCAACAGCA